AUAUAAUAUGAAAAAAUUCCGAGUCACUUUAAGCUUUUCGAGGUAUCUCCUCCGCGCGACGAUGUCAGAGACUCGCCGGAAUCAGUCUAGCGAUGAACAAAUCGAAAAAUCAGAGAUUCAGCACCAAAGAGUUGUAAUUGAGAACAGUCAUGGUGAGAAACUCGUAGGAGUUUUGCAUGAUACUGGUUCUACAGAGACUGUUGUCAUCUGCCAUGGAUUUCGUUCAUCAAAGAAUCGGAUUCCAAUGCUGACCAUUGCAAGUUUCUUUGAAAGAGCAAUGAUCAGUUCUUUCCGGUUUGACUUUGCUGGCAACGGGGAAAGCCAAGGAUCAUUUCAGUAUGGUAACUAUCGCCGUGAAGUUGAAGAUUUGCGCUCUGUUUUGCAACACUUGCGUGGUGUUAACCGUGUGAUUUCUGCGAUUAUCGGACAUAGUAAAGGUGGAAAUGUGGUGCUUUUGUAUGCAGCAAAGUACAAUGAUGUGCAGACUGUUGUGAAUAUCUCAGGGCGGUUUUUUCUUGACAGAGGAAUCGAAUUUCGGCUUGUUUUAUGAUUGUUAGAACCAGGUUACAUGGUGUUUGGCAUUUACCGGUACUGUUCGAGGUCGUUGCAGGAAAGUUUGAAUAUCGGGUAACAGAAGAGAGUCUAAUGGACCGUCUCACAACCAAUGCUCAUGAAGCAUGUCUCUCAAUUCGUGAAAACUGCAGGGUCUUGACAGUCCAUGGGUCAAAUGAUAGGAUUGUGCAUGUAACAGAAGCGUCCGAAUUUGCUAAACAGAUAAAGAAUCAUAAGCUGUAUGUUAUUGAAGGAGCUGAUCAUGAGUUCACUUCUCACCAGCAUCAGCUUGCUUCAAUCGUUCUCUCAUUCUUUAAAUUGGAUCCUAAGAAAGAUGAUGAGUCAGGUGAUAUCAGUACAAGUAACCAAGACUCCAUGAGAUCAGUUGUUCCUAUUACAUCGCGAAUUUAAAUCGCUUUGCUGAGUUACUUAAUGUCUCACGGUCUCGGGGGUGAUAAUAAACGGUUUGAUAAACACAGUUAGAAACCAAAAUGUUCUUAUGGAUAAAAUCUUGUUGGUAGUAUACAGUCUAUUUAAAUAUCUCAACACAAAAUCGAUCAUAAAAGUUUCACUUGUUUUCUUAGGCUUUGUUUAGGAUCAGUUUUCGAAUCUGGCUGUCCUAAACUAUUGGCUGACAAGAGAGAUCAUCACCGGUUUGGCCAAUGAGAGUA